AUGGAUAGAUCCAAAGAAGUCAUCAUCAUCGGUGGAGGCAUAUCCGGCCUUGGAAUGGCGGUUCAACUGAAACGUCUCCUUGGCCAUGAUAAAUUCACUAUCUAUGAGAAGUCAGACAAUGUCGGUGGAACGUGGUGGCACAAUCGGUACCCUGCUUGUGCAUGCGAUAUCCCGAGUCACUUCUAUUCCUACAGCUUUGCAUUGAAGCAUGACUGGACUACCAUGUUUCCUGGUAGGGAUGAGCUCCAUGCCUAUUUCUUUCACGUUGCUGAACGAUUUAACAUUCUAUCUCACUGCCACUUCAAUGCUAUGUGUACCAGCAUGACUUGGGACAACACUCGCUCCUUGUGGGUUGUGGCUUUCCAGGACACCAACUCAGGCGAGACUUUCAUUCGCGAAGCUGCUGUUGUCGUCAGUGCCAUCGGCACUCUCGAUCGCCCAGCCAUCCCCUCUAUCGACGGAGCCGACUCUUUCAUGGGCGAGACGUUCCACAGCGCUGAGUGGAAUGAUAACUUCAAGCCUAAUGGCAAGCAAAUAACUGUUGUGGGAAACGGUGCAUCGGCUACUCAAUUUGUCCCUGAGCUGGUCAAGUCGGUUGGGCCCAAGGGCAGAGUGACCCAACAUGAUCGGAGCUCUCACUGGUGGACAAAGCGAGGAAAUCCAACUUACUCUGAGCCCUUCAAGUUUGCCUUGAAAUACUUGCCGUUCGCCGCUCGACUCUACCGUGUCAUCCUGGCUUGGCAAUUGGAGAGCACUUUUUAUUCAUUCCAAAUGAAUAGUAAUGGUGCGGCUAUGCGUCAAAAGAUCAAGGAUGCUACCUACUCUUAUAUUGACAGUGAGGCGCCAGCUAAGUACAGAGAUAUCCUAAAGCCGGACUAUGAGCCCGGUUGCAAGCGUCGAGUCAACACUGCCACCUAUUUGAAAUGCCUUCAUUCUCCACAGAUGAUGCUCACCAAGAAUGCUAUUAUUAAGAUCGGGCCAGACUAUGUGGAAACUACAGGGGGAAAGCAGCAUCCCACAGAUGCAAUCAUCUAUGCAACUGGUUUCCAAACCCAGAAAUGGUUGUUUCCUAUGAAAAUCAAAGGUGUCGGUGGCAUGGACCUUCACAGCCAAUGGGAUGCAUCAGGGGGUGCCGAGGCAUACAAAGGUACUGUCGUGACUGGCUUCCCCAAUUUCUUCAUUCUGUACGGGCCCAACGCGGCAACUGGUCAGCACUCGGUCAUCUUCCACUCUGAAUGUCAAAUCAACUACUCAUGUCGAUUGCUACGCCCUGUACUACGUGGUAGUGCCGACUCAAUAAUGGUCAAACCAGAAGCCCAGAAACGAGACCUUUCCUGGGUUCACAACAAAUUGCAGAAUCUCGUCUUCAACAGUGGUUGCCAAAGCUGGUGGAUGGACCCUGUCACCAAGAAGAACACUUUCAUCUACCCUGAUCCCAUGUACAAGUACUGGCUACGUACGAUUUUCCCUCGUUGGUCUGACUUCGAUCUACGCCAAACUACUCACUCACGAAAGAAGUAUCUAUUAGUGGGCUGUUUCGUGGCAAUUGGCUUUAUCGGAUACUCUGCCGUGGAGGCGCAAGGUGCGAUGAACCUCAUCGAUGAAACUUUGUCUUGGCUGUCGCUUCAAAUUUGCUGGCAAGUUGGAUCCCUCUUCUGA